AUGUGAUGAGCAGUAAGGAAUUUUGGAUUAUUCCAAGAGAAUUACUGAGAUCAUAGUCCAUGGAACCCAGGACUGAUAUGACUAGAAGGCAAGAAAUUAAGAUGAAGAUAUGGUGAUCUGGUAUAACAGGAUCCUGAGGAGCAGGGUACAAAGAGAAGAAGUAUGAUGGUGAAGACUUCACAGAGGAAGCAUUGUGACUGUGGAAAACUAUCCAAACCAAAGCCUGGUUUAAACAUCUCAAUCCCUUUGAGGAUGUCCAGUUACAUAUUCAAGAGACCAGUGACUAGAAUCACAUCCCAUCCCAGCAAUGAGGUCAGAUAUUAUCCCUGGGAGGAAACCUUGGACAACCCCCAACAGCUAUACUGGCAGAAGAGAUUGCAAGGACUCCAGGCUUGCAGCAGCGCAGGAGAACUGUUAAGUCCUCUGGAUCUAGCCAAAGCCUUGCAAAAAUUUGCACCAAGUUGUUCAGGUGAGUCCCUGCCAGAGGUACAUAUAGGUGGUCCAAACUCCAGCCCCAUGGCCACCCCUGCGUGGUCUUCAGAUUUGUCACAGACCAUUCCAGGAGCUGGUUCUGGCACCCCACAGGUCCUCUGUGAACAAUGUCUGGUAACUGAGGAGGAUAUCAGGAAUCAGGAAAGAAGAGUGAAGACAGCAAGAGAGAGACUGGCAAUAGCAAUGGUCGCUGACAGACUGGCUGGCGAGGCAGAGAAAGUGUGGGGCCAAGAAGGAUGCCCUGGGCCAAUGCUGUGAAGAAGAGGAGAAGAUGAUGCACAUGAAAUUCCACACAACACUUUAUUAACAUCUCUUUGCAGUGUUCUUGCUUUGAGUUCUUAAAACUUAAGAUAUACUAAUACUUUCCUUCAUUGUAAAUUCUGCGUGACAGAAAAUAUAAACAGGGAUUUCCUUUUGAGGUGGGAAAUUGAGUUCUCUCAUUUUUAAUUACUAUGUAUGUUAUUUGUAUUUUAAAGUUAACAGAGUCAUCAAAGUCAUAAGAUUACUCAAGGUUUUGCUCUCACAGUUACGAACUCCCUAGUCUGAAUUACAUUUUUUGUGUGUGUUUGUAAUAUUUCCCAAAAAGAUUCCCAAACAACAUCUCAUUAAAAAAAUUUUACAUCUAUAUUCUCAAAUAAGAUAUCUCUUUCUAUUUUUCUGACUUUUGUUGCAUAUGAAUUCAGAAGUGCACGUAAUGAAAUACCAGACUUUCCCUUGUUUUCUAGACCUACUUGUGUUUGAAAUUUCAUUCAUGAAAAUUGACAUGUCAUUUGGGAAAAUGAUGCUGUCAAGAGGGACUGUUUUCAGCAUCAUUAAUAAGAAGCCUGGACUUGUUUAUAUAUAUAUUUGCCUGAACACAUGUGCUGCUGCUGCUGCUAAGUCACUUCAGUCAUGUCCGACUUUGUGACCCCAUAGACAGCAGCCCACCAGGCUCCC